AUGACAAACCAGACACAAACCGCUGAUGAAAGUGGAAGUCUCCGUGUCCCAUACAACGGAGAUUCAUCGACAUACCAAUACCCCAAACACCAUCUGGGGAAGAAGAGGCCCCUUCGUUUGAUCUUGAUAGGUGCAGGCAUCACGGGGAUAGCGGCGGUCAAGAUAUACAAAGAGACCUUCCCCGAUCGAGAUGUGGAAAUGGUGAUUUACGAGAAGAACGCCGACGUGACGGGAACGUGGCUGGAGAACCGGUAUCCUGGAUGCGCUUGCGACAUUCCUGCACAUGCGUACUCGUACUCCUGGGAAGGCAACUCGCAGUGGUCUCGAGCAUACGUAGGCGCCGUGGAGCUGUACGAAUACUUCAAAGGUCGAUCGAUCGCAUACGGAGUUGAUGAAUUUCUCCGACUCAACCAUCGUGUAACUGCCGCUCGAUGGGACGACGCACGAGGCAAAUGGACGGUCAAGAUUGAAGACACAGCAAGAGGCGCGACCUUCGAAGAUGAAGCGGAUCUUCUCGUCAACGGUGCUGGCUUUCUCAACAAAUGGAAGUGGCCGGAGAUUCCAGGCCUCCACACUUUCGAGGGAAAACUGAUUCACUCAGCCGAGUGGGACGACAGCUAUAGCUUCGAGGGCAAGACAGUGGCAAUCAUCGGAUCCGGCAGCUCGGCCAUUCAGAUCGUCCCACAGCUACAACCAAAGGUCAAACAUAUGAUAUCAUUCAAUCGGUCCAAAACUUGGAUCACCCCCGAAAUAGCAGCCGAGUUUGCUCCCGAGGGUCGGACGACCUUCUUCUCGGAGAAGCAGAAGUCAACUUGGUUGAAUGACAAGAACGAGUAUCUCAAAUACCGAAAGGAAAUCGAGUCUGCCAUGAACAAAUUCUUCGAUCUUCAGUGGAAAGGGUCCCCGGUGCAACAGGCCAUGUUUGAGACAUUCGCCAAGGCAAUGCGAGAAAGGCUGGGGAAUGAUGAACAACUAAUCAGCAAGACCGUGCCUGACUUCGAAGUCGGCUGCCGGCGCAUGACACCUGGCCAUGGCUACCUCGAAGCCCUCGCUUCGCACAACGUGACCGUUGAAAACGAUCCCAUCUCUUCAGUGACCCCGACAGGGUUGAAAAUGUCCGAUGGCAAGGUAAUAGAGGUGGAUGCCAUUAUCUGUGGGACCGGAUUCGACACUUCCUUUCGACCUCCUUUCCCCGUGCUUGGUUUCGAGAAGAAUCUUCAAGACCUUUGGCAGGACGAGCCCACUUCCUACCUCUCGAUUGCGGCUGCGGGAAUUCCCAACUACUUCAUCAUGAGCGGGCCAAACUUCCCACUCGCCAACGGCUGUCUGCUUCCUUGCCUGGAGGCGAAUCUCAGGUAUGCCUUUGCCGCGGCUCAAAAGCUUCAAACAGACGGAAUCAAAUCCCUUGCCCCAAAGCAAGCGGCCGUGGACGACUUCCAGGAGUACAAAGAUUCUCUGAUGAAGGAUUUGGUCUGGACGGGGUCGUGUGUAUCUUGGUACAAGAACGGCAAACGAGACGGCAAGGUCUGGGGCCCGUGGCCAGGCUCGUCGCUACAUUUCCUCGAACUCAUGUCCUCGCCCAGAUGGGAGGAUUAUGAGAUACAGUAUCUGAAGGGCAACAGAUUCGACUUUCUCGGCAAUGGCCGGACGCAAAGAGAGCUCGAAGGAGGCGAUCUCGCUUACUAUGUAAAAGAGCCAGGCACCUAG